GUUCUGCUGCCUUCCAUUUUUAUGAGGGAUUUCUUUCUGAUGCUUGCAACCUGGCUUCCUCCUUUGACACAGAUAUUGCGUUGGUUGUCAAAUCUUCAGAUUGUGAGAGCUAUGUGAGCUUAGCAGGUUUUGGGAACAUAUUUGAAUUGCCACGAUUUCAGCUACGCGUUGUUUCAAAGACACACCUUAGAUAUGGGGCUAGACAUUCAACCCUUCGGAAUAGCGAUGGAUGCCAAUGGUUUUGGGCAAUGUGCCAUCAUCUUCAUUCUCAGCGUAAGAGACCCGACGCAUAUAUAAUUGACUCAAAACUAACGAAUAACUCCCAGUAUAUUUCUUGUUUAUGCAUGAGUGCAAUUUACAAUCUCUACUUCCAUCCGCUCGCCAAGUUCCCAGGCCCAAAAAUAUGGGCAAUCUCCAGAAUCCCCUUCAUUACCGAGAUGCUCGGUGGCAAUCUUCCCUUUCGCAUCAAGAGUCUCCAUGACGAAUAUGGCACUAUUGUUCGAGUGGCUGCCGACGAGCUGUCUUUCAUUGGCUCCGCGGCUUGGAAAGAUAUUUAUCUAAAGAAGGAAUUUGUGCGGCCAAAGAUUUGGGGCUCUCGUCCUCCUGGUGUGGAAGCUCAUAAUGUCAUCUCAGCGCCCGUGGCCGACCAUGCUCGGUUCCGGAAAGCUUUUCAAUCCGCAUUUUCCGAGAAAGCAACUAUUCAACACGAACCUACGGUCCAGAAAUAUGUGGAUGUGUUGAUCAAUAGACUGAAGGAAGCUACAAAGAAGAACGGCCAAUCGGCUGGCAGAAUUGAUUUGGUUCAGUGGAUCAAUUUCACGGUAUUUGAUGUGAUUGGAGACCUGGGAUGGGGAGCUUCUUUCGACUGUUUACAGGACCAAACCUAUCAUCCUUGGAUCUAG